CUUUACCUCUCGUGGAUGCAUCUUUUACUUACAAUCACUUCCUAGCAUGCUGGAACCCCUGUUCCGCUGCCCGUUCGCUUGACCUUCCACCUGCUUAACCCUUAAUGACGUGACGCUAACUAAGAAAUGCCUCCAAUUACAAGAGAUAGAGGCUGUCUGUAUUAUGUACCAUGGUUGGCUACGUUCUGCGUAUGCUUGGGAGUCGCGGGCCUUGGAGUCUGGGCGUACUACACGAAACAGGGCCAGAGCAAAACACUAGAUGCUCUGGACUCUCUGGAUGUGACUGCAUCUAACGUGGGGAGCUUGAAUAGCGCCCUCCUCGCAACAGCCAUAGUCUAUCUGGUUAUCAUUGUGAUCAUUUAUUUGAUGAGCCUGUGGCGGUCAUUCAUUGAGGCGGCACAUGAUGCCACCGGCCAGGUUGCAAAGGGCGCCUUUGCGUUCCUGCUGUUGGCCUUUGCGUUUGAACUGAACUGGACGCUAGUGAACAUCUGGCUCACACUGUUGCUAAUGGGCAACGCCAUAUGGGCCAGCUGCGUGUACAUCCUGCGCGGCUCCAUCACCAGCACCCUGGAGGCCAUUGCAAAGUACGGCCCCGCCACGUGGCUACCCAGCCAAGGCUUGCCGUGCCCCGGCCAGUGCCUGGACCUCACGACUCUGGUGUUCAUCAACUCAGACCUGCAGGACGCCUGCAUCUGCGACGCCGCCAAGCUCACGUCCGCGCAAUCCGCCUUCAACGACACCUACGACCAGCUGCCGGGCGCGCUGUCGGGCGCAUGGGUCAUGUGGCUGGCGGGCGUGCUGCUGCUCAUAAAUUUCGGGUGUCAGUUCUCACACACCAAGCGGGAGCGUGAGCUGCUGGAGCGAGCCAACACCAAGGUGUACAAUGCGUUCUGAGUCACGCCUGCUGUCAUACCGUAGUUGCCCAGGGGCGGCAGCUGGCGCCCGCAUGAGCCGAUGAGCCCGCAUGCUCCAGUGUGGUCCAUGGCAGUUGGGAUCCAUAUGAGAGUCUACUAGACUUCUGUGAUGGUGGCAGUCGAAUGCCUACUGCCAAUUGAUCGACAUGGACGUGUAUGCCGAGCUCUAGCUGCGAGCAAGGGGGAGAACACGGGGGAACUUUUUAUGAUCACCCCGGUCCGUGGCUGCGUGGCUGAUCUCCCGCACGGCCCCAACCCGAGUGUCCCUAGCCGAUGCGCCUGCGCGUCGUAGCGGCAUGGAGGCUCUGACGGGGCGUUACACGCCUAUUACAUCCCAAGCAUACGGGGGCUCAGCCCAUUGUCCAGCUGUACAAAGCUGACACCCCUUACCUGACUACUCCCGGGUGCGCGGCAGUUGUUACCAGGGCCUUUGCAUGGUAUGGACCUGUAAGCUAGAUAUCAGUACUCACGCGGGUACCACUCCGGCAAGUCCCUAGGGACGGCGUGUGUCCAAUGCCCUAGACUGCCGAAAUGUUAUCAUGUGACAUAUAAUAAGGUCCCUGAAUGAUUUCCGGGCAUAAAUUCGAGCGGGAGCCGAAGUCGAAAUGGUAAAUGUCGCGCUCGCCAGGACUUACUGGAAUUCGCCCUACGCUGUCCGGAUGACAUAUAUAGGUGAACCUUAGUAGACGGCACUAGAUACAGGCCCAAAAUACCGCCUAUGCGAGAUAUGGGCUCUGGUCAAUUUCGCGACUUGAGCCCUGACCAACAUGUUUUGUCCUCUGCCGAGCGCUAAUGUCCACUAAUGAUGUAAGUUAUCUACCUA